AUGAUGCCAGGCCAUAAACCCAUGAAGGACCGUCUGACCCUUGCAUUAUGUGCAAAUGCUAGCGGUGAUUGUAAAGUGAAGCCACUGCUAGUUUAUCAUUCGGAAAAUCCUCGAGCCUACAAGACGCACAAGAUACUGAAAGAAAAAUUGCACGUUAUGUGGCGCGCCAAUGCUAGGGCAUGGGUUACGCGGCAGUUUUUUACUGACUGGGUAAAUCUCGUCUUUGGCCCUGCAGUGAAGACGUUUCUGCAAGAAAAUAAACUCACGAUGAAAGCAUUGCUCAUCCUUGAUAAUGCUCCAGCCCACCCACCUGGUCUUGAAGAUGAUAUUCUGGAGGAGUUCCAGUUUAUCAAAGUUCUCUACCUCCCACCCAAUACGACUUCAAUCCUACAGCCGAUGGAUCAGCAGGUCAUUUCCAACUUCAAAAAGCUGUACACGAAGCACCUGUUCCGCCGCUGCUUUGAAGUGACGGAAAUCACAAAUCUAACCCUUCGAGAGUUUUGGAAAGAUCACUACAACAUCGUGAUCUGUCUACGUAUCAUUGACUUGGUAUGGCAAUGGGUAACAAGACGAACGUUGAACUCUGCAUGGAAAAAGUUAUGGCCUGAUGCUGUUGCAGAAAGAGAUUUCGAAGGGUUUGAGCCCGAGACCGAGCAAGAAGAGUCGGAGGAGAUUGUAUCUCUCGGAAAGUCGAUGGGUCUGGAGGUAGAUGAGGGUGACGUCAAUGAACUCGUCGAAGAACAUGAGGAGGAACUCUCAACUGAGGAGUUGAAGGAGCUGCAGAUGAUGCAACAUACGAAGGUUCUGGAAGAGAUUAGCACGAGUGAGGAGGAGGAAGAGCCAGAGGAAGUGAUUUCUACAGGUGAAAUUAAAGACAUGCUGGCAAUGUGGGAAAAGCUGUCAAAUUUCAUUGAAAAGAAACACCCAGAAAAAGUGGCAACUGGUCGUGCUUCAGCGCUUUUUAAUGACACUUGUUUGUCACAUUUUCGAAGCAUUUUGAAAGGCAGGCAAAAGCAAAGUUCUUUGGAUACAUUUUUAUUGAAAAGAGCUGCGAGUGAAAGUACAGAAAGUGCAGCCAAGAAGGCAAAAACAAGUGAUAAUUAA